GACCUGAAAGCGAAACUUUGCGCAGCAAGAAGGGAACUCAUCUCCCCAGAUAAAGCCGGUGGGGGUGGCAAAACCAAAGGUUUCGAGGUGCAAAGAUUCGGGGAUUCUCGAGUGGCACUCAUUGGUUUUCCUUCCGUCGGGAAGUCAUCGCUUUUGACUGCCUUGACCGGGGUUCAGUCCGAGGCAGCCGCCUAUGAGUUCACCACCCUCACGUGCAUCCCAGGUGUGAUAAACUACAACGACUGCAAGAUUCAGCUUCUUGACCUGCCGGGAAUCAUCACCGGUGCGGCGCAGGGCAAAGGCCACGGUGCAGCGAUUGCACCUGGAGUAUGGUUGUACCAAGAUUGUGGUGAGCUCGCACAGGUGGCUGAGUCAGUAUGUGCGAUGUCAUAUGUUUGA